AUGCUACGAAUGUCGCGUGAGCCCGAGGGGACUGGACACGGCCAGUAUCGUAUAAUAUCGUGCGAAAUCGUCUCGACUGCUGUGCAGGACGCGGCACGGCUUAUCCGGCGUCUGUUGGUCAAGGACCUUGCCCGGCAUCUUCCGAGCUAUGUUCUCCCGUGCCUCGUCACCCCCCUGGUGCUGUCUGGGCUGGACGUCCUGCUAUGUGCCGCUGAAGGAGCCUCUCUGGCCUCCAAGCAGCAGUUUUGCCAGUUCACCCGGGCCAUGGCGCUUUUCGACAGGCAGCACGACACAAUCCCAGGGAAUGGGCUCGACGGCGUGGUUUUCCAAGUAUUUCAAUUCCUGGAAGCCGCUGUGGAAAGCAGGACAUGUCGGGACUCAUCAUCGUCAACAACAAAGUCACUCGCCAACCGGCCAAUGGCAGGCAUGCCCUGCUGUGCAGCGAAAUAUAUCCAUCCCAUGACCCCACCCUCGUGGCACAAGGCCCGCAAUUGGAGCGACCUUGCGCUACAGGAUCAUGCUUUCUUUCUGGAGCUCCUUUACGCGCUACACGUUGCGGUUUCAGCUGGGUCGGGUCCGACCUGGAUGGCCAUGUCUCAGCCGCCGCCGAAUGAACAGUCUAUAGCCCAAAGUCUGCAGCAGGAGUUGAAGGACCAUCUCGCUUGUUCUCCAGCUUUGGCCACCAUGGCUACAGAGGACUUGAUGGAGCAUUCUUCGGCAACGCCUAUAGACGAAGCGACAGGGCCACUUCUUGAGGUUGAGAGUAAUCGACUUGAUGCGCUAGAAUGGGGCGAUAUCCUUGCGGACACGUUGUUUAUCACCUAG